AUGAGUUUGACACAGAGGACGAGUGAUGAUAUAGUACUGCACGUGUCAAAUCAAACAAUAACAAAUGGUAGUUGUUAUUAUCGUAACUGGAAUCGGACAGGUGUGAGAGUAGCCGGGUCAUCAUUUGGUCUUUUUGGCACAUCAUUAAAAUAUUUUCAACUUCCCACAGAUAUUAGUAUUGAUAAUUUCUAUAAUGUUUACAUUAGCGAUACUUUUAAUAAUCGUAUUGUUUUAUGGAAACAAAAUGCUAAUAUUGGACAAUUAAUCGUGGGUGAUAAUAUUUUAGGAGGUAAUUUACCGAAUCAAUUAAAUAAUCCAAAUGGAAUUUAUCUAGAUGAAAUAAAUCAACAUUUAUAUGUUUGCGAUUCAAGCAAUUAUCGUAUACAAAAAUAUUCACUUAUACAAACAUCGUUACCAUUAAAUGGUACAACAAUUAUUGAUGUAUCAGCAAAUAAAUCUGCUUAUCAAUAUGGUUAUUGUCAAUCAGUUUAUUAUGAUCGACAAAAUAAUGACUUAUAUGUAUUAGACAUAAGUAAUAGUCGUGUAUUAUUAUAUAGAAAUGGUACAACUGAUAAUCCACUACAAAUUGCCGGUGGAAAUAAUGGUGCUGGUGAAACAUUAUCCGACUUAUAUAAUCCAGUGGGUUUUUAUGUUGAUCAAAAUUUAACCGUUUAUAUUGCCGAUAAAUAUAAUCAUAGAAUUGUUAAAUGGAUAAAAAAUUCACAACAAGGUAUAUUAGUUGCUGGCGGUACUGGGCAAGGUUCUUUGAAAAAUCAAUUAAACUAUCCUGGCGGUGUUUAUGUUGAUGAAACCGAUGGUGGAACAAUAUAUAUUGCUGAUUCUUAUAAUCAGCGUAUACAACAAUGGUUAGUAAAUUCCACGGAAGGAAGAACAAUAGCUGGAAGUGAAAACGGCACUGCAGGAAUGUAUCUAAAUCAGUUUAAUGUUCCUGCAAAAAUUAAAUUUGACAAAGAUUUUAAUUUAUAUGUUAUUGACGCAAACAAUGUACGAAUACUAAAAUUUAAUUUACUACAUAAUGGUUAUGGUUGUCACUAG